AUGGAACUCCCAGAUGUAGGCCGCCAAUGUGCCGAUCCCUCCUGCCGUCAAUUAGACUACUUACCUACAAAAUGCACAUACUGCAAAAAACACUAUUGUCAGGAACAUUCAAAGCCGGAAGCCCACAUGUGUCCAGAUGCACCGAAAGGUGAUGGCGCGAGAGUGCCUACAUGCCCAAAAUGUGGUGCGCCGAUACCAGUAGCCAAGGGAGAGAAUCCUAAUAUUAGGAUAGAGCGACACAUUGCCUCAGGCUGCUCUCCAGUUCCAAAAUCUACUUCACAAAAAUCAUUCAACGCCUGCUCUUACGCAUCGUGUAAAACUAGAGUGGCUGUUCGUCUUAUCUGCAACAGCUGCAACAAGAACUACUGUAUUGCACAUCGACAUGAAGCGGAUCAUAAAUGCCAAGGAAGAAAACAAGGAACAUCUACGCAGAGACCGAAUAGGCAAGGGACAGCGAGUCAGAGUAAAGUGACAGAGAAUAGAAGUCAGAGUAAAGUGACAGAGAAUAGAAGGCAGGAUGGAAAGACGCAGCAGCAUAAAAGGAAAAGUUCAGUCAAGAGUUCGAUCAAAGCGUUUGUCGGAAAGUUGUUUAAGAGCAAAUGA